CCCAAGUGAUGGGAUGGAGAGCCGCUGGAGCUGGGAUUUUAACCUGAUCUUUUAUUUAGCAUGUGUGGAGGGGACAGGCAGAGCCCCAGAAGUCCAAUGGGCUGGCCGGAGGACCAGGCACCAGCCUGGGUUUCUUUUCUGGUUAGAUUGGUGUGUUUGCCGGUCAUAGUUCCUCCUGUCCAAAGCACCUCUUUUUGUUUUUCUGGACUCCUUUUCUUUUUGGAUGUGGUUUCUGCUCUGCUUUGUUUUUCAUGGACUCUACCGUUAUAUGGUAUUAGCCUCAUCCUGCAAGAUUUUUUUGAAGACCUUUUGUGUAGCUCCUCCUCCACCCCAAGGAAUUUGGCAGACUGGAUUCAUUCGUGUGUGUCCCCCACCCCGGUUGCCCCAAGGAGGGGGUGACAUAUCUGAAGAGACCAUUUCCUUUAAAGAACUGACAACACUUGUUUGGCCUUGAUGGGGAAAUAUUCUAAGCCUAAUUCUUCUUAGAAGACUUUUAUUAAGCUGGAACCAUUCUUCGUUGCUCUGGGAAUCUUACGAUAAUCUGAGAGGAAGUAAGUCCUGGUAAAGUUGCAGCUUCUCAUGAUGUGCCUGAAGUGAAGAGGAAGGGAAACACUUAACAUAUCCGAGUGCCAAGGCUCUGCUGUGUCAUGGCUACGGACUCCGGUGAAUCAGCCAGCACAGAGGAAUCAGAGAAACCUGAUGGAGUUUCUUUGGAACGUAGAGACGCCUCUGCUGAUGCCACUUUGACCAUGGAGGACAGGACCAAAGAGGGGGUCAACACACCUGCCGCUGGGGCAGCUACAGAGAGGAAGAGGUUCUUCCGAAAGAGUGUGGAGAUAAUGGAGGAUGAAAAAAUCUUGGAGCCUGCUCCAAGGGAUGAGCAGGAGUCGUUCACAGUGAGGGGCCAGAGGGUGAGCCAGCUGGCUGUUAGUCCCCUGGUGGCAGGGCAGGAAACCAGAAAUGAACAUGGCUUGAAGGUAAAUUUGGAAGCAUCCAAGGAAAGAACCAAGAAGGAAAUAGAGGAGGAAGCCGAGAUGAAGGCUGUGGCAACGUCACCAGGUGGAAGAUUUCUGAAAUUUGACAUUGAACUAGGGAGAGGAGCCUUCAAAACCGUCUUCAAGGGUCUGGACACAGAAACCUGGGUAGAAGUUGCAUGGUGUGAACUGCAGGACAGGAAGCUGACCAAAGCAGAGCAGCAGAGGUUUAAAGAAGAGGCGGAGAUGCUGAAAGGGCUGCAGCACCCGAACAUUGUUCGAUUUUAUGAUUCUUGGGAAUCAACGGUCAAAGGAAAGAAGUGUAUCGUAUUGGUAACUGAGCUGAUGACAUCUGGAACACUGAAGACGUACUUAAAGCGUUUCAAAGUCAUGAAGCCUAAAGUCUUGAGGAGCUGGUGCCGGCAGAUUUUAAAAGGGCUGCAGUUCCUGCACACGAGGACACCUCCUAUCAUCCACCGAGAUCUGAAAUGUGACAACAUUUUCAUCACGGGACCCACCGGUUCAGUAAAGAUUGGUGACCUUGGGCUGGCUACCUUGAUGCGCACGUCCUUCGCUAAGAGUGUCAUUGGGACUCCUGAAUUUAUGGCUCCUGAGAUGUAUGAAGAACAUUAUGAUGAGUCUGUAGAUGUCUAUGCUUUUGGAAUGUGUAUGCUAGAGAUGGCAACCUCUGAAUACCCUUACUCUGAGUGCCAGAAUGCAGCUCAAAUCUACCGAAAAGUAACCAGUGGCAUUAAACCUGCCAGUUUUAACAAGGUAACCGACCCAGAGGUAAAAGAGAUAAUUGAAGGAUGCAUUCGGCAGAACAAGUCUGCAAGACUGUCCAUCAGAGACCUCUUAAACCAUGCCUUCUUUGCUGAGGACACCGGGCUCAGGGUGGAGUUGGCAGAAGAGGACGAUGGGCUAGAUGCUUCCUUGGCUUUGAGGUUGUGGGUGGAAGAUCCCAAGAAGCUAAAAGGCAAGCACAAAGACAAUGAAGCCAUUGAGUUCAGUUUCAACCUGGAAUCAGACAUCUCAGAGGAAGUAGCUUGUGAAAUGGUGAAGUCGGGAUUCUUCCACGAAAGCGAUUCUAAAGCUGUUGCCAAGUCCAUCAGAGAUCGUGUCACUCUGAUCAAGAAGAUCCGGGAGAGGAGGCAGGGCUACCCUGAGGAAAGGAAAGAUUCUCAAAGCAAGCUGCCGAGUGGCCUGCUGCUACUCCAGUCACAAGGCUCAUCGCUCACCACUCCUUGCCAGCCAAGCAAGGCUGAGUGUGAAGAAACAGAGGUUGAUCAGCAUGUUCGACAGCAGAUCUUUCAGCAAAUGCAGCACACCUCCUCUGUCAUAGGUGACAGCACAUCAGAGAGAGGAGUAGGGUCAAUUAUACUGUCCGACGCCUCCAGCCAACAUAGCCUGCCUUUCUCCUUGGAACAGACUACAGGCACCCAGCAAGCCUCCAACCCCUCACAAGUCGAAAGCAGUGUCCAAGGGCAAAUCUACACAUCCCAACAACUUGUGGGGCAUUAUCAGUCAAUGCCAGGGCCUCCAGACUCACAAGUAUCCUACAACGUGGAGGGGCAGACUUUGGAUGGAUCGAUCACGGGAGCCCCUCAUCAGAUCUUGACUGUCACCUCCCCUCACACCACACCUGCUCCACAAAUCAUGAACCAGCAAGUGUCAGCUAACCAGCAGUUGGACUCGGCAGCUCCACUCGGUAGUCACACUUCAGCUGCUGCAGGAUCGAUGGAACUGGAGCAAACGUCCACCAGCUUUGUGCCUCUCAGUCAUUCACCUGUGCUACAGGGGAAGUCCUCAGUUCAGUUUAUUCCAAACUUAGCCCAGGGUCUCCUGAACUCCUCGGCCGUGCAGUCCGUUCCACAAGGAGUCGCAUCCAUGCAACAAUCUCAGCAAGUUCUCUCACAGAUAGCAUCUACACAGCAGUCCCAGCAAGUCCCUGAGCAGGUAGCCUCCAUGCAACAGGUGGCUCAGCCUGUGAUUUCUGUACAGCUUCCCCAGCAGGUGACAUCCACACAACAAGUUCCACAGCAGGUAACGCAGCAGGUACUCCAGCAGAUUCCUCUACAGAUGUCAUCAAUGCAGCCAUUAGUGUCUACCCAACAGCAACAGCUGGUGGCCUCCAUGCACCAGGCAUCCCAGCAGAUGGCCUCCAUGCAGCUGCAGCAGCCUCUGCAAGUUCCACAGCAGCCGUCUCAACACAUUCCCCAGCAGGCAGCUUCCUUACAACAACCCCAGCAGGUGGUAUCCCUGCAGCAACCUCAGCAGGUAGCAUCCUUGCAGCAGCCCCAACACAUUCCCCAGCAGCUGACAUCAAUGGAGCAACCCCAGCAAGUUACAUCCCUGCACCAACCCCAACCAGUCCCCCAACAGGUGACAUCCCUGCAGACACCCCAACAGAUCUCCCAGCAGGUAACGUCUCUGCAAGAAGCCCAACAGGUGGCAUCCUUGCAGCAGCCCCAACACAUUCCCCAGCAGGUGACAUCAGUGCAGCAACCCCAGCAGGUAACAUCCCUGCAACAACCUCAACCAGUUCCUCAACAGGUGGCAUCAUUGCAACAACCCCAACAGGUCACCCAGCAGGUAGCGUCUCUACAACAACCCCAGCCGGUUUCCCAGCAGGUGAUAUCACUUCAACAACCCCAACAGACUCCUCAGCAGGUGGCAUCUCUGCAACAGCUCCGGCAGGGGGCAUCUCUGCAACCACCCCAGCAGGUGGCGUCCUUGCAACAACCCCAACAGGUUUCCCAGCAGAUGGCAUCAUUGCAGCAACCUCAACAAAUUCCCCAGCAAAUGGCAUCUCUGCAACAGCCCCAGCAGAUUCCCCAACAGGUGACAUCACUGCAACAACCCCAAGAGGUUCCCCAGCCGGUGACGUCCUUACAACAACCCCAGCAGGUUCCCCAGCAGGUGGCAUCCUUGCAACAACAGCAACAAAUUCCGCAGCAGGUGGGGUCCUUGCAGCAGCCCCAACAAAUUCCCCAGCAGGUGGCGACCUUGCAGCAACCCCAGCAGGUUCCCCAGCAGGUGGCAUCCUCGCAACAACAGCAACAAAUUCCGCAGCAGGUGGGGUCCUUGCAGCAGCCCCAACAGGUUCCCCAGCAGGUGGCAUCCUUGCCACAACCUCAACAUGUUCCCCAGCAGGUGGGGUCCUUGCAGCAACCUCAGCAGGUGGCGCCCUUCCAGCAACCUCACCAGGUUCCUCAGCAGGUGGGGUCCUUGCAACAGCCCCAACAGGUUCCCCAGCAGGUGGCACCCUUGCAACAGCCCCACCAGGUUCCCCAGCAGGUGGCGCCCUUCCAGCAACCUCACCAGGUUCCCCAGCAGGUGGGGUCCUUGCAACAGCCCCAACAGGUUCCCCAGCAGGUGGCACCCUUGCAACAACCCCAGCAGGUGGCAUCCUUGCAACAGCAACAAAUUCCGCAGCAGGUGGGGUCCUUGCAGCAGCCCCAACAGGUUCCCCAGCAGGUGGCGCCCUUGCAACAGCCCCAACAGGUUCCCCAGCAGGUGGGGUCCUUGCAGCAGCCCCAACAGGUUCCCCAGCAGGUGGCAUCAAUGCAGGUGCCCCAACAAGUGGCAUCAAUUCAACAGCUGCACCAGAUGGCAGUCAUGCAGCAGUCUGUACAAGUUGCCCAGCAGGUUAGUUCCCUGCAGCCGGUUUCCCAGCAGAUGGAAUCCAUUCAGCAUCCCCAGCAAGCAGCAUCUGCACAUCAGAUCUCUGCCAUGCCUCCAUCUCAGCAGAUGGCAUCAAUGCAGCUGUGCCAGCCGUAUCAAGGGUUACCCGUUGAUUCUCUGGCCCAGGCCUCUCUGGCCCAGCUGGAGCAGCAGGCUGUUCCAGUCCACCCGUCAACAGAUCAGCAUUCUUGUGCGAUGCAGCACAUGUUGUACCAUCUUCCUCUACAGCAGCAGAAGCAGGAACAGUUUGUCCUGCAUGCCACUUCCACGGAGCAACUGCCACCUGCCAUUCAGCAGGACGUGGAAAAGCAACAGCAGGCAGAGCGCUUGGGUUCAGUUUCAGAACAGGUGGCUCAUCCAAUGCAAAGCCAGCUCCAUCUGCAAGGCCAAGAGCCACUGAUGUACCCCGUGCAGCCCUCACAUCAGCUUCAGCCUUCAGAGCAGCCAAUGCACCAAGCACAGCCAAAGAACCAGCUGCAGGGCCCUGAGCAUGGAGCAUGUCUGAUGCAUGUCGCUUACUCAGUGCAGGGCCCAGAGCAGCCCUCCUGCCCAGAACCAUUUGUUUAUGCUGUUACAGGGGGCUAUCCAGGUCAGCCCUUGGACCAGCCAACAUAUCCAACACAGUCUUUCUAUCCCGGGCAGACUGCUUAUGCAACUCAGCCGACACCCUAUCAUUCUCUGCCUCCAGAGAACCAUUUAGCUGUUCAGGUGGCAGAACAGCCAGGUUUUGCUGUGCAUUCUCCUGAGCACCUCACAUACAGUGGGCAGGACGGCGGCAUCAGCUGCGUGGAGCAACAGGUCUGCUUGGGACAGUUCACAGAAGUCCACGCUUGUCCUGCUGAGCAGCAGCAGUCUGAGCUGCCAGUGUUUCCAGUCCAGCAAGAUCCUAGCAGAGAAGGGAACCAACAGCCACAGCCUCCUCACAUGGCGUCCAGACAUGUCGAAGGGCCACAGCCAGGAUCGCAAGUCUCUUUCCCCACAUCUCAGCCCGCUUUCAUGACACAUGUCCAGCCACAGCCUCCUUACCAGGAGUACCAGCAUUCUGCCCCUCAACUGCAGCCUUCUGGCUCGGCUCAGUCUCUCCAAGCCACAGUCCCACAGUCUGCCCCGAACCCAUCACAGACCUUGUCCCCCGUACCUGAGCAGCCGGAACAAGCUUAUGCGAUGCAGCCGCCCUCCAAACUGCCGGGGUUUUUGCAGGGCACGCAUCUCUUCCAGCAGCCUCCAGCAUUUCAGCCUGCUGACAACACCCAGCCAUUUCCGACCCCCCCUGCGCAGCCAGCGUAUGUUCCACACCAGCCCACUUGCCAAGCGCCCGUGUUGCCAGCGGAGUCGGUGGCUCAGCAGCAGGUGAUUUCUGUGGUGGCGCCCCUGCACCUUCGUGCACCGACACCCCCUCAAGUUCCAGGACAAGACGUCCCACAGGUUUCUAUAUCAGCCCCGGAACAAGAGCCAGCUUUUCAAAACCAAGAUGCUGUUCAAGGCUUUAUCCCUGAUGCAGCCCCGCUGAAGGAAGGUGCGAAUGGGAGUGACGUUCCUAGUGGAAAUGGCAAACAAGACAAGAGCAAGCAAAGGAGGGCAUCCUGUGCCCGAGCUGAGAAGGGAACCAAAUUCCAGCUCACUGUGCUUCAGGUUUCCACAUCAGGGGACAACACAGUGGAGUGUCAGCUAGAGACUCACAACAACAAGAUGGUGACAUUUAAAUUUGACGUUGAUGGAGAUGCUCCAGAAGACAUUGCUGAUUACAUGGUCGAAGAUAACUUUGUACUGGAAAGUGAAAAAGAGAAAUUUGUGGAGGAAUUGAACGCUAUUGUUUGCCAGGCUCAGGACAUCAUCCGUAGCCUUCCUGCAGAAGAGAGAACAUCCGGCACAGACGCUGCUCCCUUGGAUCUCGCCUGUGGCCAAACAGGAUCGUCUGAACAAGUUCAGAUAAAUCCAGCAUCUACUCAAACUGGCAGUGAAUCUGUUCCCCAGUCAUCUCCCGUUGGACGCUGGAGGUUUUGCAUCAAUCAGACAAUAAGGAACAGAGAAUCACAGGCACCCUGCGCUGUUGUCCAGUCAACCACAGCUGUUCCGAGGUGUCAGACAACAACAGACCCGCCAACGGAGAGCACAAAAGAAGAUACUCCCCAGGGUUGUCCACAGGCUGUGGAAAACAUUAGGAGUCAGCAAAGGGUCACCCCUUCUUCCAGCUCAAGUGAGCUAACAAGUGACAGUGUGGCAUCUGAACCCCAAACAUCGGAAACUGAGCAAUCAGUUCUUCCUCGCCACACAGAAGACAUCUUGGAUAUCUCACUUCCUGUCGCUGGUGGUGACAACAGUGAGGGUAUUGCUCCUGAGCCUGCUUCCUCUCUGCCAUCUCUGGGGGCAGAGACCCAAGCUAAUGACAUUCCCUUGUCUUCACAUGUGCCCCAGCCAAUAUCUGAUGUUGCUGAGUUGAAUUUGUCCACCUCUACUCCAACCCCCUUUCAUGUCUUAGCCACUGAGGGAGCAGAUAACUCUGUGAGUGCUGAGCAGGCCGGUUCUUCAGCUCAGACCCCAGGCCAGGAAGGCGCCUCCCUCCCUUCCACUCUGGAAUCAGACAGCGAGGGCCCCCCUAAGAUGGACUUCACUGACAACAACAUCAAGACGCUGGACGAGAAGCUGCGGACGCUUCUGUACCAGGAACACAGCUUGUCGGGCACAUCCCCUGAGAGCCAGAAAGACACACAAAGUGCAGUGGAGUCUCCAUUCUCCUCUUCCGCUGAAGACACUCUUCCCUGCCAACUACCUGAAGGCCAGUCCCCUGACUCCCCCGAAGAGGCCCAGCAAAGCCCUGCCAAGCCUCCAGACCCCCAGGGUACGCUCAGCCCACCUGCAAGCCAUCCUGAGGUUUUGCCAGUGCUGAAGAGGGAGCACGGUGUUAUCACUUCUGCUCCCAGUGACCUCUGCAUGCAGGAGACGUCCCCAGAGACCUCACUUCCUGAGAACCCUGUGGCCUGUCCCGAUUCAGCCUCAAGUGGUGGAGCUGUGCAACUGCAUGCAGGAGGUGGAUAUUUUGGCCUAAGCUUUACUUGCCCUAGUCUCAAAAACCCCAUUAGCAAGAGAACCUGGACUCGCAAAUUAAAAAGCUGGGCGUACAGGCUACGGCAGACCAGCUUUUUCAAGAGAGCAAAAGUCCGGCAAGAGUUCACAACAGAGGAGAUAACAAGUGAAAUUGUUCCUGAUUGGAUGUCUCCUCCUGAACAAGCCACAGUGGAGAACGAAGCAACUGGUCAAUCUAAACCUCUGGCUGGGUCAUUUCAGCGAGGCCGAUUUCAGGUCAUUACGGUGCCCCAGCAGAUGGGCUCUGGCGGCUCAGAAACUGACCCUUCUUCCUCAGAAUUCGGGGCAGGAGAGGUUGCUCCCAGACAAGAAGAAAUUGCCACGGGGGCUGUAGGUGAAACAGAUGGGUCUUCCACCACCCCUGAGCGGCGGGAGCUGGAGGAGACCUCUGCCACUGCUAGCAGCAUACAAUCUUGCUCUGAGCCGUGGACCAAAGGUGGUUUUGUGCGGAAGCAGCCAAGUUCUGACAGUGAACUGUCUGCCCCCAUGGGUGGGGGCCCGGAAGGCUGGGAGAGAAGCCAGCAGUUCCAAGAGGAGCGGAGCGGCCCCCGUGCCAAGAGGCGCAGCUCCCUCUUUUAUUCGCCAUCAUCCCCCAUGAGCAGCGACGAUGAGUCCGAGAUGGAGGACGAGGACCUGAAGGUGGAGCUGCAGCGUUUGCGGGAGAAGCACAUACAGGAGGUUGUGAACCUUCAGGCUCAACAGAACAGGGAGUUACAGGAGUUGUAUGACCGGCUCCAGUCCAUCAAAGAUAGCAGGUCAGAAUCCUCAGAAGUCUCCCUGCAACUGUCUUCUCCGCACCGGCCCAAAUCUUUCAAAAGCAAGCUGCGCAGCAGACCCCAGUCCCUCUCGCAUGCUGACAACGGCAUUGUGGCUGCUGAAUGUUGCUGUGCUACCACUGCUGCCUCUGUGAUAGACUAUCAGCUGAGCAUUCAGGCCCACCUGCUGCACCAGAGCUGUUCACAAGCAGAGGCUAUCCAAGAUCCCCUUUGCAUCGUCAGCGCCGCUUCUUGUCAGCAAGCUGCAGCCAGUAAGAAAGGGAUGUUCACAGAUGACUUGCACAAGUUGGUGGAUGACUGGACAAAAGAAAAGGUGGGGAACUCCCUGAUCAAGCCGAGCCUCAACCAGAUCAAACAGAACAAGCACCGGCUGGACGCCGAUAGCUGGAGCAAAGUGUACGAGACAACAACUUCUACAGUGGGCUAUACGUCAACGUGGAUUUCCUCGCUUUCCCAGAUCCAUGGGACUGUACCGGCCACUUUGCCCCAAGGACUUCCCCUGUCACCCUUCCCUGGCACCCUGACGUCCUAUGGAGUGCCCCACGUAUGCCAGUACAAUGCCAUGGCAGGGACGACUUACCCAGUGCCAUGGGUGGGCAUUACUGGCACAGCCCAGCAGUCUGUUGUUGUCCCUUCUCAACCCUUGGGACCCUUUCAGCCAGGGAUAAGCCUGCCAGCCUUCCCAGCAUCACCUGUUCAAAACCCGGCUCCCAUCCUCCCAGGUCCUAAAUGAAGGUGGACGGUUAACAGGAGGAUAGAUAUGGGGACUGUGCCUAUAACUCAUGAUUCCAUUCCUCUGCCUUGCAUUCUGUGGCCUGGAUUUGGGGGGGGGGGGGGUUGACUUCCCCAGUGCAGUGAUGCGGGAGUAGUGGGGGAGGCUGCCUUUGCGUUCUCCUCUUUGAAAUACUUGAUUUAAUUUUCAUGGGGGUGGAUUUUUUUAAGUACUUGAGAGAGCUUUGGCCUGUGCAUCUCAUUGUUCUUGAGAUGGACAGCAUGCCCAUCUGCUGCUUACAAAGAAACCUUUCCUUUCUUUCUCUCUUGCCCCCCGUUCCUUUCCUCUGUUAGCUACUGUUUGGGGACUGGUCAUUCCCCUUCUUGAAGUUGCACCCAUCCUGGUGGCCAAGUCAAAUGUAUCAAUGGGAAAGGAAGAGCAGAGAAGAACAGGGCUUUUAGAUAGCCCUUCGUUUUAGGUGUCUGUUUGGUUUCAUUGACGGCUCAGAUUUUUUAAGCUAUCUUAGGGUAAUAAAGAAAAUGGGCUGUGUUAGCAUGACCAGCUGUUGUGGAGCCCUGCCCUCUUGGAAGAGAGGCCGUUUGGAGGGUGGAGUGAGAUUACUGAAGGACAAGAAACACAGAUCAAAGCCACUCGCAAUUCCAUGUUGCAAAGCCUGUAGCUAUUCCUGGGUAAUUGAAUAUAGCUGUUUUAUCCGAUGGCAGCUAGCUGAUCAUACGCACACUGCAUUCAAGAGAUGCAUUGGGGUUGUCGGCCUGGCUUUUGUAUUGGGGUUGUGUUUUUUUUGUUCAAAGUUUAUUUUGCAGUUGGCAAAAAAACAUUUCUCUCAUGGUGAUUGUGGGGGUGGGGGUGGGGGAACGGGGCAGAGGGAAUGCCCAGGGAGCUCUGUUUAAUUUGCCCCGUCUCUUCCUGCUUGCACCUCAUUUGUGAUCCAUACUGGACACCCUCGUUUGGUGGACUAAGAAUUAUGUGUGGAAACAGGGUUGCAUGCAGAGAGGUUUUUUCCCCAUUUAAUGAACUGCCUUACAGCAAAUUAGAUUGAUAAAGGUUCCCUACCCCUGGUGUAGAAGAACAAGGUUGCCUCUUGCCACAUAAAAUACUUAUGUGGUUGCUAUGCUUGAUUCCAAAUUAAGCAGGUCCUGUUUGCAAAGGACUUUGGCAGGUUAAGUAUUGUUUUGUCCCAUCCAACCUUAAAAGUGGAAAUUAUGUCCGUAAUGAACCUGUAGAGAGGCAGAGGUCUGCUGUAUACUUUACAUGAAAGGCAACUAUCUUGGGGUGUUGCACAACUCAAACAACCCCAGCUAAUACUAUAUUUUGCCUGCCUAUGAGAUUUAUAAUCUUGACAGGUUACCUUGAUUUGAUGGAAUCCCAUUGGCUUGGUUGAGUUCUAAAGAACGGAGGUUGUUGUGGUUAACGCACUGUUAUCUCUUAACUUUCUUUACAUUACCAUUUUACCCCUGACUGGAACAUUUUAAAAUGUGGUGUAUCAGUGGCUUGCUUCUCCUUUGGAUCCUGGAAACAUUUGCCAAUGUGAUCCUGUCCUCGCUUUUCCUCUUUGUAUACCUGAACUGAGAACUGUGAAGCUCUGACGAAUUCAGAGUUAAAUGCUUUGCUCUAGGGGGUGUUGAAAAGGUUUGGGAUUUCAUAGAACAUUGAAGCAAGCUUAUUUUUCUGAUGAUUUUUGGGAGAAGGAAAAGUAUUUGAACAUCAACUAGUUAUAUCCCAUUUGGAGCAAUGUUUUUUUAAACUUUUUUUUAAGUGCUUUGGUUUAAUGAUGUUGUGGAUUGGACUGUUGGACUUUCUGUAAUACUUUCUGGGAUGAACAGCCCUGGCCUGGGAAACAAUCCGUUUGUUUUUACGUCAGCCUCUUAAAACAUCAUUCUCAACUUAAUCACCCUUGGAGCACCUGGGGAUUUUGUGGCUCUCUUCUGUGUUCCACCCUUCCCUAGACAAAAAGAACUUGUUUUCCUUACAUAACACAGCCUCCUUGUUCUGCCUGCAAAGAUUUGCAGUGCCUUGUGAUAAAUAAUCUUAAACUUUUUUCAGAUUUUUGCUGGAAAGGUUUUUUAAAAAAAAACACUGUACUCUUUCUCACCGAGAGAUGACAGGAGAUUUGUGAAUUAAUCUGCCUUUUCCUGCACCUUCUGUGUAGAACGCUCCUCCUGGGUGCUAGUGCCGUGGGGACAGAACUAAUUAAGCACUAGGACCCAAACAAAAAAAAGUCCAGGAAAUGGCAGAUUAAUUCACAAAUCUCCUGUCAUCUUUGGGUGAGAAAGAGUAUAGUUUCGUCUUCUGAGGUGUGAUGUUUGAACAGUGCAUUGCACUUCAUGUCAUACCAAUAUGCAGCAUGGGAAGGUGCACACACCUGGGAAGAAGGUUCCGUUUGAAGAACUGAAGAGAGAUCAGUGUUAAGUCACAUUCUUUUUUUGGAAAACGCAUAUCCUGUGGUCUUAGUUCUUUUGUUCUUAUUUUCACCUCUUUUAAGAUAAUUAGGCACUUGGAUUCAAAUACACAUUUUUCUAGUUGGAGGAGUACCAGGACUGACAGGAAAUCAGGGACAUUGUGUGUUUUAUAUGAAAUGUUUGGCCAAGCUAGGUAACUUGAACUUCCUCCAAAACAAAAACAAAAACCCAAAACCCGCCAAAAAAACGUUUUUUGCAUUUUAUGCAGCAAAUGCAUGUGCCAUGGGUACCCAAGAGGUACACCAGUGUUCUUGCAGUGGACAUGUAAAGUGUACAUGAAAGGUGUGUGUGCUCUGGAAUCGACUUCAGUGUGUGCAUAUCAAGGAUUUACAGGCCAGGCACAUGUGUACAGUGUGACAGAUGCACCUCUUGUUUACGUAUUUGUUUCCUGAAAUACUGACAUCCCACUGGUGCAUAAACUGCUGGGUGAAGUAUAGUUUAGUAUCAGAUGCAAAUUAGAUGGGGUGGUUGUUUACAGAGCUGCCUGUCAAAAGCAGGCUGCAAUUGACUUCAUACGGAGUGGGGUGAGAGAAUUUAAAACACAGUAGGCAGAUGAAAGGGGAGUACUGAAUCCUUUCCACACACACAACAUUCUGCCCCCCCCCCCCCCAACUCAAACAACUUCUUCCCUACUGUUUUUCUCCCUGUUCAACUCCUAGACUGGGAGUAAUUCCUGUUGGGAGAUGAUUGGCUGAGGAAAAGCAGUGGGAGGGGUGACUUCAGCACUCCUUUCUUCAUCUGGUCACAUGGUGCUAGAAAUCUCCCCCCUCUCCCCCCCCCAGCUGAAUGGAAAAUUAUCCUGAUCCACAUUCUCAGACACAUGUUGUGGUGCUGGAAUGUCAAGUUUGCAUCUUAGCUGAGAAGAGAUCAGUCUGUGUCUCUUUUUUUUUCUUUUCUUUUGGAUGGAUCAGAACCCAGCAGACAUGGGUCUGUAUUUUACUCCAUGUCAUAGACACUGGCCCAGUAGCCUGACCCUCCUCUUUAAAAAUGCUUUUUAUGGUACUGGAAGAAUGCAAAACAGAACUAAAGGUCUGUUCGCAUCAGGCAAGGAAAUUAUUGUUUCCACGGUAUCCUUGCCUUCUGCUGGGGUAGGACUUGACAAGAAUUUCAUCCCAAAAUUGAACAGAGCGUCAACAGAAAUCUACAAGGUUAUUCCAGUCUGAAGAACAAGUUGCAUCAUGUAAAUGGCAUCCAUGUUUUGGAAAGCACCCCUCUGGGAGACACAGCUGGCACAUCCCAGUCUGAAACAGAACUUGGCAGUGGGUCUUGUUUGGAGCAUUUUCUUAUCUAUUCUAAAGGACCACAGACGUCUGGUUUCUGGAGGAAGAGCGUGCAUGAUUGGGGAAAGGAGGCCUGUUUGCGUAGAGCCUGCCCAUUUUCUGGGUGCUGAAGCUUGAGUAGUGGGAAAUCUGGGCCAUCCUAUUUGAAACAAGGUUGAAGUCUGGAACCGCCGGCUUACGGUUGGCAAGAAGGGACUCCCUUUCAGCAGUCCCAAAUGCCUGUCUUUUACCUGGGAUGAGAAUUAAAGCAAUGGUCUUGGAAUCACCUGUAAACAUCACUCUUGCUUUCAAAUGCUGCCAUGUCUCCUCCGCAUUGCUGUACUAUAUCUUGUACAUCUUGGGGUGUUCAGGUGAGGCAGAAACAGAACGUUACAGAUGCAUAGUUAGUCACUCAGCAGCCCCGCAUCUCUUCCUUGUUACUCUGAGUAACACAGACAUGUGGUGUGAUGUCAUUGCUUGUAUUGCGUGCUGUUGUAAGGAAAAGAGGAGGGCCGCUUAUUUCAGCACUGUUGCUACGACCUCUAGAAUAUCUAGUUAGAGCCCUGCUUUGGGGCUACAGGCCUGAAAAUCACUUUGUCCGAGUUGAAGAUAGCGUGAAAGAGUCAUUUUUGCACAAUGAUUUAUUCUGAUACGGUCGCCAAUUAAAUGGGGUUUGCUGGUUUUUUUGUACGUUAGAAACAUCUAUGAAUCCUCAGACGGGAGGCGAAAAGGAUAAAUGUGCACGCCGUAGGUAGCAGUGUUUCAUUUAAACUAUCUUCAGCUUUCUUGGAAAAAGAACAACGGUUGUUGUCAGUCACUAUCUUGAAGGGCUUCUGUUUUUGAAGCGGUAGCUUCAGUCAUCCAGCCUAGAAAACUGAAAGGGACACCAAUUUUUCAAUUUGAAAACAGACGGAAAAAAAAUACUUAUUAUGUGUUUUAUGGGUUUUGAAUCUUUGUAGUUAACAUGUAACAUGUUUUCCAGGUUUCUUUCCUUCCUUUCUGCUUAGAUUUUAGUUUUCUUUCUCAUUAUCAGUUCUGACAAAAAAGGAAUUAAAAUGUGAAGUUAGUUCGGGGAUGUUUUUAAGGCAUAUUUUGGCUGUGACUCUUGGGACUUAAGCUUGUAUGAUAUGAAUGGAAUGUAUCACUUAAUAACUGGGUCCAUUUUUCAUUCUAUUACCAUUGGUUUUUUCCCCAUAUUAUACAAAAGACUUAUUUUCUUAUCUACCUCAUUUGUUAGUACUGUUUUAAAGUAAAGAAACUGUUUGAGCAUUUUAUUUCCUGUAUAAUUUUUAUAGCCUUUUUAAAUCUGAGAUUGGCAUUUUGACAUACACAACACCUUUUUCUUCCUGUCUUCUUUGUUGGCAUAUGAGCAGUUCAGAUUCUGUUUAUUGUUUUUAAAAGGGUGUUUAACUUUCAUAAGGAAGACUUAGAGGUUUAAUCGUCGCCUUCAUUUUAGCUUACAGCGACAGAUGUAUGAAAAGAACACAAUUCGCACACUGUUCCUAGUGUUGGCUGCAACUGUUUGGGGAAGCUUAAUGAAAUGAUGUGACCUGCGUCCUCAGGACAGUCUUCCGUUUAUCAUGUACACGUGGGAGAAACAAGUCUGAAUAGCUUGCUUUGUUCGCGAAGGAGUUUUUUCCCUUCAGAUUUGUCCUGAAUUAUUGCAGACAAACUACUGAGGGCGUGGGGUGGGGUGGGGGGUGCUGUCAUAAUACUGCCAGUGUCAACCCCUUGCCCACAGUUCAGGAAUUGUGUUCUCCCUACUUGCAGCUCGUGCACCCUCUUAUGUAAAUCGACCCUUUCUCCUUGGCACACUUUAGUUGGAGCUGCAACUUACGUCAGCAGUGGACUUCACUAUGGUUAACCCUAACCAGUUUGCUGUUAACCAUGGUUUACAACAUAUUUGAAAGCCCUGCUUGAUACUGAAUCCUUAUGGAUUGCAACCAGUGUGUGAAGUGCAUUUUGACCCUGGAAUAAAGGCCCCACAGUCCCAUAGCAGCAUAACAGUGUCGGUUCAUGGAAUGAAAACCAGCUCUUAAAGAUUUGCACAGCUGUACAGAAAAGCCAAACACAAUUUGUCCAGUGCAAUUCUGCAAGCAGUUGGCAUAGAGCAGGGGUCUGCAGCCUGCGGCUCUCCAGAUGUUCAUGGACUACAAUUCCCAUCAGCCCCUGCCAGCAUGGCCAAUUGGAUGGGAAUUGUAGUCCAUGAACAUCUGGAGAGCCGCAGGCUGCAGACCCCUGGCCUAGAGUCUUGAAAUAAAACUGCACUGAGCCAUUCGCCUGGAACACCUUGUGUUGUUUCUCAGCUUCAGUAGGCCAUUAUAUAAAGUGAUAACAGCACAUGAGCCCGUUUUGGUCCACUUGAUCCAGCGGUUCUAGCAUUCGUGUCUCAGGUUAAAAUGAGAUUUCAUUAUCUCUUCAUCUUUUCCUGGCCAGGAGAAGGACCUUCCACUUCAGCAAAGCCUUUCAAAAUGUCCAAGCAUACAGUAGCUGCUGACUGGCAGGUUACCAUGACAUUGGUCCUGUGUGGAGGCUAACUUCCAUUUAGGAAAACUGUUUGUGUUCUGUGAGAUACGAUCCAAGCAAUUUGCUUCGCUGCCUCAAGUAAAAUGGAAGCUGGGAAGUCAAUGUGUGCCAGAAUCCACAAGCUUGCUACAAAAUAAACCCAGGGCUCAUAUUCAAUAUGUACACAUUUCCCCCCCCCUGCAAUGAGAUUGACCUGUGCAUAGGAAGAUCCAGACGCAAGCCAUGUAAUGCCUUUUAUUAAGACCAAGCAAAAUAAAGACACAAUGUGCAAGCUUUUUUUUUACGUUCUUCAGAACUCUUCAUAGGCUGAAUGUUAAACAAAAAUGGGUUGUGGUUUUUUUUUGGGGGGGGGGGAUAUUAGGCCAUUAUCAAACUGCCUUUGUUGCAUUUCAGAUAGAACGCUGUGCUGUGGAUUCAGAUGGGUGUGGCUGGUCUCUGGUUCUCACCGCUGGGCUUUUGAGAAGAAGCACACACCCCCUCCCCAAAAAAGGCCGCUCAGCUGAAAAUGGACAUGCGUGGCUCCCAUCUUUGCUCUUUCUUCCCACCAGUGGAAUCCGCUGCCCAUUCUGUCCAGAAUGCAGGAAAAGGCAGUUUGAGAAGACUCAAAAAAAUCCCUCCACCUUUUUAACAUCCAGCCCAGUGAAGAGUUCUGGAAGCCUCCAACACUCGCAUGCUGAGUUGUAUUCUUUUAGUUGGCCUUAAUAAGAAGCAUCACACAGCUUUUGCCUCUAUAUUUUGUUGCGAACCAACACAGCUAUUUACUGUGGGCGGAAAAAGCAUGUGCAAAAAGCGCUUUCAGGGACGGUCACUGACAUGAGUAAAGUCCCUCUGAUCCCUGAUUUUUGAGGAGACCGUUAUACCAAGUUUUUCCUCAUUUCCAUCUGAUAAGAGGCAGGGAAUGGUCAGGGCAGAGGAAGAAAUGGUGUAACUCAGCAAAUUGCAAGGAAAAUAAAUAGAUUGGAAUUUGUGGCAAUGUAUGCCUAGGCUUCCCUGCAGCCACUGGCAGAUUUACGUGUGCAUGAAUAGCAGAGAAGUAGCUGAGAGUUCCAUGCUCCCCUCAGGGAUCAGGGGUUUUAUUUGCAGCACAAGGAGGUGCCACUUGCAUUGGAAAGGAGUUUCGUCGUCGUUGCCUCUAAGUUUCACAAUGCUUUGAAAAAAAGCAAGUAAACAAACGUUCUCUCAGUUAAAACUGUUGUGUUUUUAAAAGUUUUUUGGGGGUGGGUGGUUGGUUUUUUUUUUGUUUUGCUAGGGAUGAAUGAGGAGCAUGCAGGCCUAUUACAAAAGCAUGGUAAAUUUGGGCAUAUGCUCUGAAUAAACACCUUCUUGAAUUUACGUAAGUUGGCAACUUCUCUGUUUCAGGAGCAAGCCUUGCAGUAAUGUGAACUCUACUUUAGCAUUUUAGAAUUUAUUUUAGCACCUCUCACCUUUGGGACGUUACGGCCGAGAUUCUUACAGCUAUGUGAAGGAUGUUGGUGACUGGUUUGUUGUAACAGGGCUGAGACAUCCCGUUCAUGUGUGUGGGCAGGCCUUCUUUUUUGCUGGGGUGGGGGUGGGGGGUGGGGAUAAAGCCCUGAACUUAAUGAUGGAAAACGAAUGUCUUUUAUCAGCAGUUGUUUCCAUUUUUUAAUUAUUAUUUUUGCAAGCUGUGAGUUGACUUCGUUUGUACACAACCAUUGACAAAUAUUUUUUUAAAAUAGUUACAAAGGAAAAUAAAGGCUGUGUUGGAGAAAAAAAA